AUGGCUAAUUCAGCGGCAAUAUCAGGCGUGAGGCGCGGGGGGUGCGCGGGGGAAAUCAAAGAAACAAAAAAAGAAGCAUGCAACAUAACCGCCGAACCUCACCGUCGAGUGGCAGACUUCUCCAUCCUGGGCAGCGAGCAGGCCUGCAACCACACCUGCCCCACCUACUGCGUGGACACCUACGAGCCAGUCUGCGCCAAGAUCUGGUCCCCGAGCAUGAAGAUGAAAGAGGCCAAGCACAAGGUCAUGAUCAACCACUGCCACGUUGAUUUGUACUCGUGUGUCACUGGACGGAAUGUAACAUUAGGCUCCGUAUCGAACUGCUACGAUAACUCCUCUCGCCUCAGCUUCAUGCAGCAGAUGGCCGCCUUGAAGAGUCUCGGCCUCGGCUCCAUGAAGAAAACGCCCCAACAAGGCUAACCAAUCAAUGAUGGGCAAACCAAUCAGGCCACUGAUCGUCAACUUAUUUUGACAAACAUAAUAAUUUUAACUAUGAAAACUUUUAAUUUAGAAUGACUUUGGCACUUAUAAAAUUAAUCUAAUUGUAUCCUAUAUUUUGUUUUGUUUUCGGUUGUUCAUUAUCAUUCGGUCCUCAAAUACCUAUACUAUAGAAACAAUACGACCAGUGCUGCUCAAGUCCGUUUUUAAAUCUUAAACACCGAAAUAAGUUACUGCAACAUUGUGUGACAGUCUGCAUUGUACACUGAGCUGUACAGUCUGCCUGUAAAAUUCAUCUUAUCUACAAAAAAAACCAUAUUUAAUAAAAGCUUGUAAUAAAUGAAGUCCAUUGACACAGCCAGGUGCGCAGUUUCG